ACAUCAUUUUUACAUAAAACAUAUAAACACCUUAUACAUAUUCAAUUAUUAAUCAGCACAUAACACAUGGCUAACUUAAAAUUUUGGGUGUGUUUGUUCUUGAUCUGCGUUUCGUUGUCGUGGUCAUCAGCAUCUCGGCCGCUGCAGGAGCGUUUCGCAAACGCAGAUGGAAGUAGACGAGGGCGUAUGAUGAGAGAAGCAGAAGAAGUGUUGAAAGCUAAUAUGGAAAAGCUAAUGGAGAGAGGUUUUAAUGAGUCCAUGAGACUUAGCCCUGGAGGUCCUGAUCCUCGUCAUCAUUGAGUACGAACUCUCGUAGACUUAAAGUUCCAUGGAUGUUUUUUUCUUCUUCAUUUUCUUGAUCGAGAACACAUAUUGAUCCGUUUUGUAUGUAGCCUUGUUUGUUCGUUCGGUGUAACCAAAAUAAAUUAAUGUAUCUUUUCACCACACAUUUUAUGAAUGGUGAGGUGCAUGCCUUACGUAC